GAAGAGGAGUACACAGUGCGUGUCCAGCUUCAAGACCGGGUGACUGAGCUGCAGGAGGAAGCCCAGGAGGCUGAAGCCUGCCAGGAGGAGCUGGCCAUGAAGGUGGAGCAGCUCAAGGCAGAGCUUGUUGUCUUCAAGGGACUGAUGAGCAAUAACAUCACGGAGCUGGACACCAAGAUCCAGGAGAAGGCCAUGAAGGUGGACAUGGACAUCUGCCGGCGCAUCGAUAUCACUGCCAAGCUGUGUGACGUGGCGCAGCAGCGGAACUGCGAGGACAUGAUCAAGAUGUUUCAGAAGCAACUGGUCCCAGCCUCGGUGGGGCGGAAGCGGGAGCGCAAGCAGGUCAGCGACGAAGACACCUCGCUGUCGGAAAGCGAUGCCUCCCGAAAACCUGAAGAGGAAGAGGAGGACGAGACCACAGCCAUGAGUAUCAAUGAGGAAAUGCAGAGGAUGCUGAACCAGCUGAGGGAAUAUGACUUUGAGGAUGACUGUGACAGCCUCACAUGGGAGGAGACAGAAGAAACGCUGCUCCUCUGGGAGGACUUCUCCGGAUACGCCAUUGCAGCUGCAGAGGUGCAGGGGGAGCAGCAGGACGACAGCCUGGAGAAAGUGAUCAAGGACACGGAAUCGCUGUUCAAGAGCCGUGAGAAGGAGUACCAGGAAACCAUCGACCAAAUAGAGCUGGAGCUGGCCACGGCCAAGAACGACAUGAACCGGCACUUGCACGAGUACAUGGAAAUGUGCAGCAUGAAGCGAGGCUUGGAUGUGCAGAUGGAGACUUGCCGGCGGCUCAUCACCCAGUCUGGGGACAGAAAGUCUCCUGCCUUCACCCCGGCCUCCAACAGCGAGUCAGCCCCGAACGAGGAGAGCGAGGAGUCUGACCGCGAUCCCCCCAGCGACGCUUCCAUCAGAUAA